AUGUCUCAGUACAAGCCAGGCUUCAAACCUCCAGUCUCGCAUCAAGACCCCCCGGGCAGGGAGGGUGACUUGCCAGUCGAAGCGAUUCAUGAUAAGCUCCCGACUCCCGAUGGCAAAUGGCAACCCUACAGGGCCGCCGGAAAGCUGGAGGGGAAGAAGGCGGUGAUCACUGGCGGCGACAGCGGCAUCGGUCGUGCAAUUGCCAUACUCUACGCAAUGGAAGGCGCAGACAGUCUGAUCGCCUAUCUGCCUGAAGAAGAGGAGGAUGCUCAAGAGACGAAACGUGCGGUGGAAAAACACGGCAGGAAAUGCAUUCUGUUGAGCGGCGAUCUCAGAAAGGAAGAGAAUUGUAAAAAGGUCAUCGAUACUGCCCUGAAAGAGCUGGGUCAAAUCAACAUCUUAGUCAACAAUGCUGCCUAUCAAAUGAUGCAGCAGGACAUCACCGAUAUACCGACUGAACAGUGGAUCAAGACAUUCGACACCAACAUUCACCCGAUGUUCUAUCUUUCCAAGGCCGCAAUUCCCCAUAUGAAGAGAGGCGACACGGUGAUCAACUGCGCCUCAAUCAAUGCGUACAUUGGCAGGCCGGAUCUUCUGGACUACACUUCAACCAAAGGAGCCAUUGUGUCAUUCACUCGAGGUCUCGCCAACCAGCAAGUGGAUAAAGGCAUUCGUGUCAACGCUGUAUGCCCGGGCCCGGUUUGGACGCCGUUGAUCCCCUCCACGAUGACCAAGGAGGCACAAGAGCAAUUCACCUCAAAACUGGGUCGUCCUGCACAGCCUGCGGAGAUUGCUACCAACUUUGUCUUCUUGGCCAGUGCAGACAGCAGUAUGAUGAGCGGCCAGAGUCUGCAUCCCAACGGCGGUGUCGUGGUCAACAGCUAG